AUGGUCAAGCUUACUGAAGUCGAAGACGAGCACUUCACCGACAAGCCUACUGCCACCAAGAACGACGCUCUCCUGGUCUCCGAUGAUGAGGAUGACUACUCAGACACUGACUCUGAGAUCUCCGACGAUGAGGAUGUCGACCUUGAGGCCGAGACGCUCUACGAGCGUGUCGCCGCUCUGAAAGACAUGAUUCCUCCCUCCGCCCGCCGCACUGUCUCCAACACCGUCUCUUCCAUCACAGACCUCACCAAGGCCAGCUUCUCAUUCAGCGGCAAGGCCCUUUGGAUUAUCAGCACCAGUGCUUUCCUGCUCGGUGUGCCAUUCGCCUUGGCCUACGCCGAGGAGGAGCAGUACAUCCAGAUGGAGCGCGAGCAGGGAAUGAUCAAGGGAGCUAACGAGAUGCUCACCCCCGGCACCGAAACCGAGAAGGUGGCUCAACCCACUCUGUAAAUUAAUACCACUUCGGAAAGCAGAGAGAUUGGCAAAUGAUCCAGCGAUACCAUUAUCGACCACGAGACUUGGUUUAUGCAAACAGCAUACCCAAGCAGAUGUCGACGCGAUCCUGUUACAUCCUGCCAAUCACCCUUUUUUUUUGGUCAGAUCUCAAAAUACAGGACUACAAGCACACGGAAAGAGUUGGUUUCCCGAUUCACUUCUUGUCUUGACUUGUUCGGAUCUUUGUUAUACUUCUUGUCUUUUUACUUCCUUUUUUAUCUCGCAUCUCCCAUGCUUUCUGACAUUUUGGCUCCGGCAGCUUAUGCAUGCAUGUAUUUGUACAACCCCAAUCAUCUUUCUUCCUGUUUCUCUAUACACCUUUUAUUCUUCUCUCCCCAUGUGCAUGUCCAGGUAAUGAAAACGGAUGGGUUUGGUUAUAUUCUUUGCAUUCUGUAG